UCUUCUGUGCCUCGAGCGAAGUGAGGUGCUCCAUGUUGCCUGGUAAGGCGUCCCAGCUGCACAUCCAAAGGCUGAGCACACGAAGAUGAGGGAAAGCCUCAAGUUCAGGACCAGGUCCUAGUUGGCCGACUGGGGUUCCCAACUGCAGUUUUCGACAUGCCUAGCGGGGCGACUGAGGCGACUGGGGCGACGGCCUGCGGGGCGACCGCGGGUGCGUCGCCGGAUGCCGCCGGCGAUCGACAACGGGUGGGGGGCCGGUUUUGGGCACUAGCUGGUGCCGACGAGGACGACCCGGAUGGGGACGCGGACGAGGCGCCGCCAUCACCGCCGUCGCCGACGCCUUCGGAUCAGAUUUGCGAAUUCUUCCAUGCGGGCUACACGGAAGCGGAAGUGGUGACGACAAUCGACAAAGUGCUGCCCCUCGACGAUCCGGCCAGGAUAGGGUUGCACAAGGGAGAGAAGGAGGAGAUGGUGCGCCGCGUGGUGCAUCGUCGGACGGCGGCGACGGCGGUAAGGCCUUGGAAGGGUCCUAUCCCGAAGGUUAUUUUCCGAGCUACAACAUUGAUCCGUUCGUGGUCGCUACUCACUCCGAUGGAGGCCAGGGAGCAUUUGGUUACUGGAUCUAUCCGUUGGGAGAUGGUAGCUCGGGAUAUCUUCAACCGGUUUGGAUGGCGGUCAUGUAAUAGGAUAGGCAAUUAGUUUACCUAUCUAUUUUUAGCCAGCCGGUUGUGGCGUCUUUUCCUGGCUAGUUUGUGUAUCUAGCCUUUUAGGCUCUGUGUGAGCUGCCUUUUUCUUUUUUUCAGUUGGAGACUUAUGAACCUUGUUGGCACUUUUUAAUUUUUGGUUAAUAAGAUGGCCGUAUGCAUCACUCUGAUGCAGAGGCCGGG